GAAUCGAAAGAAUGAAAAUUCUUUGAUUCAUCACUAUUUAGCUUAGCUACCUUACCGGCUCAAGUGAGAGAACCUGCCGCCGGCGCCUUACCGACGAGAUUUUCCGGACCGGAGAUGCCUAUGGUCAAAACUGUAGUAGUAGAGCUAUCACUAUUCCCUCUUAUUGAUUCCGUCUUUCACUACACCAAUCCCCGUUCCUCAGUCACCGUCCACCGACCCCUCCCCCGCCGCGCUCUAUCUCUUCGUCACGAAAAUCGUCGUUUAUCUACCUUCGCGCAGACUUUCUCCGUUUCUUCUGCGUCGGAUACUUUGGUCCAACAGUUUGCCGGUGAAACAGAGUCCAAUGUUCAUUAUGACGGUUCAGAGUAUAGCGAGAUUGACAUUUUUAAGUUCGAUGACACUUUCGGAUCGAUUGACAUGAAACCGUUGAAUUCGCCUGUACUCGAGGUAAAAGAACUAGACGAGCUUCCUGAGCAAUGGAGGAGAUCGAAAUUAGCUUGGCUGUGCAAGGAAUUGCCAUCCCACAAGGGCACAACUCUAACUCGGAUACUCAACGCGCAGAGGAAAUGGGUAAGGCAAGAAGAUGCCACUUAUUUAGCGUUUCAUUGUCUCCGGAUUCGCGAGAACGAAACCAGUUUUCGGGUAUACAAAUGGAUGAUGGAACAACAUUGGUUUCGCUUCGAUUUCGCACUUGCCACUAAACUAGCAGAUUACAUGGGCAAGGAGAGGAAAUCCACAAAAUGUAGAGAAAUAUUCGAUGAUAUCAUCAAUCAAGGAAGAGUACCAAACGAAUCAACUUUCCAUAUACUAAUUGUAGCCUAUCUGAGCUCACAAGAUAAGAGUUACAUACAAGAAGCAUGUAAAACCUACAAGCGAAUGAUUCAAUUAGGAGGCUACAAACCACGUCUCAGUUUGCAUAACUCUCUUUUCAGAUCAUUAGUUAGCAAAACAGGGAGCUCCUGCAAGAAUUAUCUAAAAGAAGCAGAGUUCAUUUACCAUAACUUGACCUCAUCUGGUCUGCAGAUUCACAGGGAUAUCUAUAGCGGUUUGAUCUGGAUUCACAGUUAUCAAGAUUCAAUAGACAAAGAAAGGAUAGCAUCCUUGAGGGCAGAAAUGAAAAGAGAAGGGUACCAAGAGAGUCAAGAAAUUCGACUGUCAAUCUUGAGAGUAUGCGCCAAGGAAGGAAAUGUAGAUGAAGCCGAAAGAAUAUACGAUAGUUCUUUGCCAUCUAAAGCCAUUGUGUACAAAAUAGAAGCUUAUGCCAAUGCAGGACAGCCUCUUAAGUCACUGGAGAUAUUUAAAGGUACUACUAAAAAAACUGUUUCGGCUUACCACAAAAUUAUAGAGAUUCUAUGCAGAGUAAAUGAAGUAGAACUUGCAGAGUCUCUUAUGGAAGAGUUUGCGGAAAGUGGUCUUAAGCCAUUAAUGCCAUCGUUCAUUGAUUUGAUGAAUAUGUUCCUUAAGUUAGAUUUAUACGAUAAACUAGAGUUAGCUUUUUUGUGGAGCGUUGAAAAAUGCAGUCCGAAUCGAACCAUCUACAAUAUAUACCUAAAUUCUUUGGUUCGAAUUGGGAAUGUUCGAAAGGCAGAGGAUAUCUUCAGUCAGAUGGUUAAUACUGCUGGAGUUGGCGUGAACAACCGAUCAUGCAACUUUCUUUUAGGCUGUUAUCUAACUAGCGGCGAACAUGUCAAGGCAGAACAGAUGUACGUAUUAAUGUGUCAGAUGAAGUACGACGCCGAGCCAUCUUAUAAGGAGAAAAUUGAAUAUAACCGGAGUUUAGACAGGAAAGAAAUCGUCGAAAAAACACCUUUAAAGCCUAAGCUUACUGUGGAACAGAGAGAAAUCUUAAUUGGGAUGUUAUUAGGUGGUUUGAGAAUGGAAUUCAACGAAGAUAGGAAAGACCAUUCUGUCAUUUUUGAAUUCAAUGAGAAUCAAGUAUCACAUAUGAAGGAGAGGAUACAUGAUGAGUUUCGCGAGUGGUUAGCUCCGGCAAACAGGCUAUUGAACGGAGAAGGUACAUCGAAUUCGUUCAGAACGAUAUCGCAUGUUGCUUUUAGUUUCUACGCAGAGCAGUUUUGGCCAAAUGGUAGGCCUGGAAUCCCCAAGCUAAUCCACAGAUGGUUAUCUCCCAGGGUUCUUGCGUUUUGGUAUAUGUAUGGGGGAUAUAAAACAUCGUCGGGAGAUCUGUUACUGAAGCUGAAGGGGGGAGGCAGGGAGGAGGAUGUCGAGAGAGUUGUGAAAGGGUUGAAAGCGAGAUCUUUGGUUUGUAAGGGUAAAAAGAAAGGGAGAGUUUAUUGGAUAGGUUUUCUGGGCGAAAAUGCAAAACGCUUGUGGGAGACUAUUGAACCAUAUGUUCUUGAUGGAAAAUCGAGUAUUAUUAACUUUGAUAGUCUAUCUGAGAUGAAUGGGUCGUUUUCAGAUUAUAGCGAUCAUGAUGAUUCUUGACAAAAUCAUAGGUACGAUUUGUAUUAUCAACAACAGCAUCUAAUCUUGAUGUUUAUAUUGAUGCAAAUAGAAUAAUUAUUUAUAUU